UGCAUAGGUCCAAUUUGGUUUGAAAAUGGCACCCAAACAGACUCUGCCCACCCCUGCUUUCGAGCAUUGUAAGGAAAUUUCAAUACCUGUGGCUUAGCCGCCAAAACCAAACGACCACUCACUCUUCCUCUCUGGCAACAAGGGCUGCUAGAGCUAAAGCGAGUGGAAGCGUGUUCUGAUGGCGGCACUUUUAGGGUUUGUGGAAGAAUCAACAGAUUAUGUCCAACUUGGGAUAUCAACGUCGUCGUCAUCAUCCUACAGCUACAAAUUAGUGCCGUGGUUGAGCUGGGACGAGUGGCUCUUCGUCGACGAAUCUCUCUUUUCGAAUUCACCUAAUUCUGUGGCCUCCGCUUUAAGAAGAAUAUCAGCAUGGAGAAGCAGAGGAUGUCUUCCUGUUGUAGUUGAACUUACGUCAUCGAUUAUUGAAAUUCAGCAAAAAGAUCCUCACUUUAGAAAGGACCAGUCAAAUAAUGCUUUGGAUAAUUGCAGAGGGGAUCAAUCAAGUGAUGCUUCACUUUCAGACGAAAUGCUGGCCAUGUUAUAUUGUAUGGCAAUAAUGAGGCUUGUGAAUGGUGUUGUUGAGAAGACACGGAAGAAAACAGAGGUUUCCAUUGCUGUGGCUGCUGAUGCAAUUGGCAUCCCACGCACACUGAUUGAUAUUCGUCAUGAGGGAUCUCACCGUGAACUUCCUGCACUUGAGGUUGUACGUAGUGCUUCAGUUAAGGCCCUUGAUUGGUUGAAGUACUAUUACUGGGAGCCUCAGAAGAAAGCAAUUCCAUUUCAUGGCAAUGAAACUGCUGGCAUCAAAACUGAGAUAAUGUCGAAAUUCCAUGAAUUUGCCUUCUGCUUAAGAGUUAAGAACACUCCUCACUUGCGUUCUUCAAAAAUCAAAGAAAAACGUGGUUCUAAGAAAGACCUUACCAAGAUAUUAAAAAGCCUUGUAGGGUUGUAUUCUGCCUUCUCCUCGGAAGUUGUUUCUGUACUGUUGGAGUUCUUGUUGAAGGCUAUAAAUUCCUCAGAUUCCUCAGAGCUUCCAGUAAACACCCAAAAUAGCCCAAGCCUACAAAUUUCAUUGAAUGAGUGGAAGCUUGUGAUAACAAAAUUUUCAAAUAAGGAACCAGAGUUACUUCUGGCUCUUCUGAAUGCAGUUCUUGAUAUGAUUGAGAAUCAGGAAGCAGUGAUAUAUGAGACGGGUUGGGUUCGCACAUCAUCAGACCAUAGGGCAGAAACACUCCAAGUUGAACACCUCUCUUCUCUGUUUAAGUGGCUGGUCAAAAAAUUUGAAGGAUUAAAGCCUCAUUUUGAAAAAGAUUCUGUAGCUGAGAUCAAAGUUUCUUCAGGAGAAAAAACAAUAUCGAAAGCAAUUCUGAUGGAACUCCUACGUAAAUGUCUUGUUCUAUCAGCCUCUGCUAAUAACCAGCUCAUGGAUUCUGCCAUCGAUCUUGCUCAACUGACAGGGGACAACUACCUAUUGGGAAAACUGAACAAACUAUCUUCAUUAGUUUCAUCAAAUUCGGAUGUUACUGAAGAAGGUGAUUCUCUUAAACAUUCAAAUAAUGUAUUUAAGAAGAAAGACGAAUCUAUGAGUGAAGCAGCAAAGAAGCUAGAGAUGAUUAAAUGUCACAAAAUAAAGAAAAAAGUAGUGAAGAGAACAGAUGCUGAUGCCAGAAAUACUAACAGAUGGGUUCUGGCAAAAUCAUGGAACCCGUGUCCAAUUGGAAUGUUGCCUCGAGCUGUUGGGUUUUCUGGUUGCCUUCCUGUUCUGGACUUUAAUAUUGUCCCAGAAAAGGUUUCUCAAUUAAUAGGAAGAAAAGAGAACUGGGAAUUGAACCAGUGUAGUGGCAAGAGAGAAGCUAGUUCUGAUUUGCACCUACUAGACAACCAAUGUGUUAAGAAGUUGAGGGAAACAGAGGAUGGCUGUGUAUCAGACAGUGAGCAUGUUUCAUCCAUAGAAGAUGUCAGUGGCCAUCUCAUGAUAGAUGGGGUCUGGAAGAGAGUUGGGGAAGAAGAACUACUUGCCAUCAAGUCUGCUUUAAGGAUAUUAAUUUAGUCACUGAUUUAUUCAAAGCUACGGUAGAUGUGAUUUUGGAAGCUUUUGUGACCAUCUAUGCUGGCUUGCAGUAUGAGCUUCAAAUCUAAGUUACAGUGGUGAUAAAUUAGCCACUGAAGCAAUUUUGGUUUUUUCGUAGUGCACAUUGUGACUAUCUGGGUUAUAAAAGUUGUAACCAGAGUAACAUUAGUGUUGUAGGGUGAGAGGUAGAUCAAUGCAGGAAAGCUGGUGGAUUUUACUAUUUUCCAAAAGUUAAUCCUCUUUUUGAAAAUACCCUCUUGUAUUGAUUGAAAGAACUCAACUUAUGUGAUGUAUUGUGUUUUAUACAAUGAGAUGUUUAUUGGAAUUUAUAUCCUGGUUUCAUGAAAUAAAUUGUAGUUGAAGAUGACCUUUUAGUGUUUGGCAGGCUGCUAGAUGUCAGGACAUGGAUGACAUUGUAAGCUUAGCAUCUGCUGGUGUUUUGCUCGAUUCUAAGGAUUCUCAUAGCUGAACAGGUUAUAAUUUUCGUUGUUUAUAUGAAUUCAUCCCUGUUUUACAGUUUGAGCUUCUUUUUUUUCUUUUGUUGAUGAUCAAAUCUCCCUUUUUUUUUUUCUUCGGUUGAUUCCCUCUCCUCUCAUUCUAUCAUACUUUUUCAAUAUUAAUUCUUUUAACACAUUUGACAUGUGCUGGAAGUGGUAGAUAUUUUUCUUCUGGCUUAUGGUUUUCUCCUCUCUUAUUAAAAUGUGAAAUUUUCUAGUACUGGUUAAGGAAUUCAUUUGGACUAUUAAAGCAAUUAUAGAUUACGCAUGAGAUGACACUUUGUUGUACCAAAUUGUUCUCUCAACAUGCAUAGGUUUUAUUUGUUUGCUGCUUUCUUGUGCAUAGUCAGUUGUGAAUUUGUUGAAACUUGGACUGCAUCUCCUCAACCUCUUAUAGUAGUUGGUCUCAACAAGGUAGAUACCAGGACAACCAGAUAAUAAUUUGCCAUGAAUAUUGCUUAUUGAAAAUCUCAAAGAUAUUUAUCUAGUUGUCAAGUUUGAAAUUCAGUAGGUAAGGUCACUUUUAUGUGGUCUCAGAGGUUAAUGAUAUUGAUAUUUGAUCUGUGAAACUUGUGAACGGAGGUAGAUAGGUGUGGAGAUGCAGGGUCAUUUUGGAAGGAUAGAGAUCUGAAGAGAUCUGUGAUAAAACAGUCCACACCUGUAGUAAGUAGUAUAGACUUGCAGUUCUAUUUCCGCAUAACUGCUGCAGUUCCAAAUUUCAAAAGCAGAAUCAAAACUUCUUAAUUGAGGUUAGCGGUUGCGGUUCAGUUUGUAUGAAAUAACUUUGUUAAACUCUUAAUUGUAUUGUACUGAUUGGGUUCUUAACUGUACUUGAAUUCCAACCUUUAUUCCAUUGUAAAGUUGCACUAGAGUUUCGUCAACAAAAAAUUGUGGAGUUAUAGAGAAUUUUUUGUACCAAAAGUGAACUAUUUCACUUCACCUUUAUUCCUGGCUUUCAGGUUGGUUUUCAGAUGUUUUCAUCCUCUCCUUUGUAUACUCUUAUGGUGUUCUAAUAAAGCAUCUUUCCCAACCAAAAAAAAAAA